UGGGAUACGGUUCGCACCUAGGAUAUACGAUUACGUCUAGUAAAUGUCAAGACCGACGAGGGUUUAUUUAAUUUGUGAAAAUGGCAGCUGAGGACAUUGUUUACAAAACGAGUAACAAGAUAUGUCGGUUGUGCUUGAAAAGCUGUGAGAAUAGCAUAUCUAUUUUCGACGAGAACAACGUGAUUUUGGAGAGAGCACUGAAAGAUUGUAUCGAGGAUCUGGGCAGGGUUGCGCUCUCCCCGUUGGAUAACUUACCAGAAACCUGCUGCCAACACUGUCACAAACUUUUCUCCGAUGCGUAUUCAUUCAUCUUAAGGAUCCGAAAAAACGACGAAUUCCUACACAACAUUCUACAGUGCGACUAUAUCGAAGAGGAAUACACUGAAAUUAGUUCAAACGAAAAGGAAUUAAGUAAAGAUGACACAACUUGCAACGACACGACAGAACAGGACAUUCCGCAACAAUUUAACACAUAUCAGGAGUAUAAGAUUGAAUCAAAUACACCCAAGGAGUGCGAAACAGAAGAGGGUGAACUUCCGCAUUACAUCGAAAUAGCAUAUGUCCAACCGGCUGACGAUUUAAUCAGCAAUCGAUCCGAAAGUCGACCUCCGAAUAUCAUACAAUGCUCGUAUUGCCCGAAAACAUUCGCCAGCGCCCGCUACAAACGUGAUCAUGAGCGUUGUCACUUUGAAGAAGGACGCAAAUGUCCUCAUUGUGAGAAGAGGUUCCUAAAAAAAUGUGACUGGACACGUCAUGUAAAUUCACAUACGCUUGAAAGGACAUUUGUAUGUUCAACAUGCGCAAAGAUAUUCAUUACCCAGGCCGAACUAAAUCGUCAUAUGAAAGUCCAUAGUUUGGUUCGUGAACAUAAAUGCACUCAUUGCGAGAAUGAGUUUAAGGAUAUCGGGGCCUUGAAGUUUCAUAUUCGUACCGUACAUUUUAAGGAGCGACCGUUUUAUUGUCCCAACUGCGGCAAAACUUUCUCAACAGCAUCUAAAGUUCGCAGACAUCAAAGAUCGAAAAUUUGCGCGGAAACUAAGUCCGUCACGACCAUACACGAUGGAAAUAAAGAACAGUUCAUCAUUUUCGAGAAUAGCUUCGAAACGCAUUUAAUAUGAUAGUGUGAAAUAAACCGGGGUCGGACGCGCAGAAAACCCUUACUGGGUUCAUGAUCGAUAAUACCUUUAGAAUCGCCGCCGAUCCGGUCAACGACUCGUACAAAUAAAAGUAUAAAAUCAAGAACUGCACUUUUAGUUUUAUCAUUUAUUGGUCUUUAACAUAUUUUAGUUUCCUAGUAUUCCUUUUGAAUAAAAUUGAAGUACAUCUUA